AUGGCGCCUAAGAAGCAGGACCGUGACUAUGAUGUCGUGCUCCUGGGGGCUACGGGCUACACCGGCCUCUUGACAGCGGAGCACAUCGUCGAGCAUCUGCCGACGAGCCUCCGAUGGGCUAUUGCCGGGAGGUCGAGGACUAAGCUGGACGCUUUGGCGUCGAGGUUGAAGAAGCUGGGCCCUGACAAGAUCCAACCUGCGAUUGAGGUUGUAUCGGUGGAAGACCAGGACCAGCUCGAUGCCGUGGUUCGAAAGGCCAAGGUCUGCUUGAGCGUGGUUUUGUACUUCAGCGUGGGAAGACAUGUCGUGCGAGCCUGCGUAGAGAACGGGACUGAUUACUUGGACGUCACUGGUAACAUAGCCGAACUGUACAGCUGGAUCGAGGACUACCACGAAAAGGCGAAGGCUAAUAAUGUUGCUCUAAUACAUGCCUGCGGCGCCUUCAGUGCUCCCCAUGACCUGCUCGCCUGGGCGGCUGCCCGGGAACUGAAGAAGGCAACAUCGUCGGAUACAAGUGAGGCGGUCCUUUCCGUCAAGAAGAUCACCAUGAGCCCCAGUGGUGGUACUGUUGAAUCUAUCAUGAGCAAGUCGACUGUGGACCCGAAGACCCAGGAAGAUGCACGUGGGCCCUGGUCUCUCUCCCCCCUGAAGGGAGUGACGGCCACGGUUCCGACCAACAUCUUUGGCGUCCGCCACGUGCCGCACCUCGGGCUGCUUGCGAAUAGUUGCUUUGGCUUGGCGCAGGAUCGGGCCAUAGUCCACAGGACUUGGGGACUGCUGGGUGGCGAGUAUGGACCCAACUUCAAGUACACGGAGUACGAAAGCGUAGGGUCGACGCUUGGAGGCGUUGCCAAGAUCCUCUCUGGGUUCCUCCUCGGCGUAGCCCUUUCGUUCAAACCAACUCUGCCCCUAGUCAGGCGCUUCCUGCCCGCUCAGGGCGAUGGUCCGGAUACUGAGAAGACAAAACUGCAAGAUGUUGAGCUGGAGGCUGUAGCUCUCGCGGAUACGCAACAGCCUGAAGGUCAGGGGAAGAACGGGUUCGCUAGGCUUUCCUACAAGGGUGAUACAUAUCAUCUUACUGGGGCGUUGCUUGCGCAAGGUGCCGCGAGCCUGUUGUACAAACGGGAGUUUGAGGGGGGCCUGAGAGCAGGCUGUCUCACGCCCGCGAUAUUGGGAGACGAUUUUCUAGACAGACUUAGGGGAGUGGGGUUGUCAUUUGAGGCCAGCAUUGUAUGA